CGGAAAUCCCGCCCGACGGCUCCCAGAAGGCCCCGCGCGACCGGGACGCGCUCGGCGUGCGUCCCGGGCUCGCGCGCACCGUCUCCUGGCGCCGCCGGAAAGGCCCGUGUCUGGCCGCCAUGCUCCUGUCCGCCGCGCUCCGGGCCCGGGCCGGCCUCGCGGCCCAAUGGGGAAGGCACAUAAGGAAUUUUCACAAGACUGCUGUUCAAAAUGGACAUGGAGGAGCCUUAUUUGUGCACAGAGAUACUCCUGAGAAUAAUGCAGAUACUCCGUUUGAUUUCACACCAGAAAACUAUAAGAGGAUAGAAGCAAUUGUGAAAAACUACCCAGAAGGACACAAAGCGGCAGCUCUGCUUCCAGUCCUGGAUUUAGCACAGAGACAGAACGGAUGGCUACCCAUCUCUGCUAUGAACAAGGUUGCAGAAGUGUUACAAGUACCUCCAAUGAGAGUGUAUGAAGUAGCAACUUUUUAUACAAUGUAUAACCGAAAACCAGUUGGAAAGUAUCACAUUCAGGUGUGCACCACUACACCCUGCAUGCUGCGAAACUCCGACAGCAUUCUGGAGGCUAUUCAGAAAAAACUUGGAAUAAAGGUUGGGGAGACCACACCUGACAAACUUUUCACUCUUAUAGAAGUGGAAUGUUUAGGAGCCUGUGUAAAUGCACCAAUGGUUCAGAUAAAUGACAACUACUAUGAGGAUCUGACACCUAAGGACAUCGAAGAAAUUAUUGAUGAGCUGAAGGCUGGCAAAGUACCAAAACCUGGGCCAAGGAGCGGACGUUUCUCUUGUGAGCCAGCUGGUGGUCUGACCUCUUUGACGGAACCACCCAAAGGACCUGGUUUUGGUGUGCAAGCAGGCCUUUAAUUUAUAUUUAAUUGUAAAUAAGUCUCUGAAAAAAUAAAACGUGAAUCACUUAUCUACA